AUGUCAUACGUCGCCCCCAUUCACAGGCCAAGCAGCAUACGCCACGCCUUGAGCGUACGCUUGUCAGAGGACGACGAGACCGAGAGCCUCGUGGUAGCAAGGUCCAACAGGCUCGAAGUAUGGCGUGUCACGCCCACCGACAUGUACAUGCUCGGCUCUGCCGUUGUCUACGGCACCAUCCUACUCCUCCAACGACUACGACCCAAGGACAGCAAUGCCGACCUGCUGUUCGUCGGCACCGAUCGAUUCCAAUACUUCACGGCGAGAUGGGGCCCCGGAACACAGAGGCUGCACACCGAACAGGUCAUAGAAGAUGCCGCCGAACCUCAUAUGCGCGACGCCCAGAGCCAGGAUAAGUGCCUGGUAGACCCCACUGGCAGAUUCAUGGCCAUGCACCUGUGGGAGGGAGUCAUGAAUGUCAUGCGCCUGGGAAACCGCAAAGGCCAAUUCGCUCGUCUUGACGGAGCAUGGGAGCAGGUCCGCCUGUCCGAGCUCUUUGUCAAGGCCAGCGCCUUCGUUCCCACCGACACGGGCAACCCAACCAUCGCCUUCUUAUAUCAGUCCAAUAUCGACAAAGAAGACGCCCGACUCGCCAUUUACCGCCUGAUGGGCGAUGACAAGAACACAAAUGUUUCGAGGUUCGAUCCGAGCAAGGACAGGGAGUACGAGCUUGACAUCAAGGACCCAUAUGCCCGCAUCAUCAUACCCGUGCCCAUCAUCGAAGACGACGUCAAGCGUUAUCACAAGAGAGACACUACAGGGUCGAAAGCACAGUUGGGUGGCUUGGUCGUUGUUGGGGAGACUUUGCUGGUCUACGUCGACACCCUCACGGGGACAGUAGUAGAGGAAGGGCUCGACAGUCCGGCCAUCUUCGUGGCAUGGGCUGCUUACGACCACACAAACUACUUCCUCUCCGACGAUUAUGGGAACCUUCACCUCCUGACGAUUCAAACUGAAGGCGUUGUUGUCACGGGCCUGUUCAUGAGAAUGCUGGGCGUCACUUCUCGCGCAUCGUGCUUGGUAUAUAUGGGUGAUGGUAUGCUUUUCCUGGGCUCCCACUACGGCGACUCCCAGCUUCUCUCAGUCUCUGUUGAGACCGAAACGACGAAGCUCGUCCAGACCAUUCCCAAUAUUGCCCCUAUUCUCGACUUCUCCAUCAUGGACCUGGGAAACGCCGGGGACAGCCAGGUGGGCAACGCCUUCUCCUCGGGUCAAGCCCGCAUUGUUGCUGGGUGUGGCGUUCACCAAAACGGCAGCCUACGAAGCAUUCGAAGCAGCGUCGGUCUUGAAGACAUCGGCGUUCUCGACGACCUGCGCGAUGUUCGUGGGCUGUUCAGUCUCCGAUCCUAUGGCUCGGCCAAGGUCGACACCCUCGUUGUAUCCUUCAUUACGGAAACCCGAGUCUUCAGAUUCGACCCGGAAGGAGGGAUUGAAGAGGUCUUUGACUUCCAAGGCCUCGUCUUGGAUAGACCCACGUUGGUUGCGACGACUUUGCCCAGUGGCCAUUUGUUGCAGAUCACAGCCACCGCCGUGACAGUGCUUGACUCGGAAAGUGGCGUAACGUUAAGCACUUGGGCUGUGCCGGACGGGAAGACAAUCGUCAACGCGUCGGCCAAUAACAAGUGGGCCUUGUUGUCCAUCAGUGGCACAACUUUGGUGUCUCUGAACCUGUCAGAUAACCUGUCGGCUCAAGAGCAGGUCUUGUGCCGCCCUAUUGGCGGCCAGGAGGAUCAAAUCUCCUGCAUUCACGCCGCUCGCGACCUUGAUGACAUUGGUGUGGUCGGCUUCUGGGCGACCGGUUCAGUGUCCAUCAUCCAUCUCGGCACACUCCACGCUCUCCAGGGAGAAACCGUGAAACAAACUGACGAUAGUGUGUCAGUCCCAAGAGACCUGGCCCUAGUACAGCUUCACCCACCACACCUCCUAGGUCCCACUCUCUUCGUAGCUAUGGAAGACGGGCAGGUGGUGUCCUUCAACGUGUCAAAAGAAGAUUUCUCGCUGUCUAGCCGGAAGAGCGUCACGCUGGGCAGCCAGCAGGCUGGCCUUCACAUCCUGCCUCGACCAGGCGACGAGGGUAUCAGCAACAUUUUUGCCACCACCGAGCACUCCAGCCUCAUCUACAGUUCGGAAGCACGCGUCAUGUACUCGGCAGCUACCGCAGAGGAUGUAACUUAUAUCGCGCCUUUCGACUCGGAGGCAUUCCCCGACGCCAUUUUCCUCGCCACGAACCGCAACAUUAGGAUUGCCCACAUUGACCCCGAAAGAAGGACGCAUGUCAACCCGUUGCAGCUGCGCGAGACGGUUCGAAGGGUCGCGUACUCGCCAGCGUUGCGAGCUUUCGGCAUUGGCACCAUUCACCGCGAACUGACCAACAAUGAAGAAGUGGUCACCAGCUCGUUCCAGCUCGUUGACGAGAUCGUUCUCGGAGUCGUCGGCAAGCCCUUCCACCUGGACGGCUCGAUCUCGGCAGAGAUGGUUGAGAGUGUCAUCAGAGCGGAACUGCCAGAUAGUAUGGGGCAGCCCGCAGAGAGAUUCAUUGUUGGUACGAGCUAUCUGGCCGAUCCGGACAUCGACGAGAGCGGCGACACCAAAGGCCGCAUUCUCGUCCUUGGUGUCGACUCGGACAAGAACCCGUACUUGAUUGUUAGCCACGAGCUGAAAGGGGCUUGCCGAAGCCUUGGCGUCAUGGGUGAGAAGCUUGUUGCUGGGCUGAGCAAGACCGUGGUAGUGUACGAUUAUGUCGAGGAGUCGACCACAUCAGGGGCCUUGCGCAAGCUGGCCACUUUCCGGCCUUCGACGUUCCCCGUCGACAUCGAUGUCCAUGGGAACAUGAUUGGCAUCGCCGAUUUGAUGCAGUCGUUGACCUUGGUCGAGUUCGUUCCGGCUCAGGACGGAAACAAAGCCAAGCUCGUGGAGCGAGCCCGCCAUUUUCAGUACAUCUGGGCCACUUCGGUGUGCCACCUAGAGGGGCAUUCUUGGUUGGAGGCGGAUGCGCAGGGCAACCUGAUGGUGUUGAGAAGAAAUCCUAACGCACCGACAGAGCACGACCGAAAGCAAAUGGAGGUCACCGGUGAAUUUCAUCUCGGGGAACAAGUGAACAAGAUCCGAUCGCUCGACAUAACGCCCAACGAGAACGACCCCAUUAUCCCCAAGGCGUUUCUUGCUACAGUCGAGGGGUCGUUGUAUGUGUUUGCUGACAUCAAGUCGGAAUACCAGAGCUUGUUAAUCCAGUUUCAAGAGAGGCUGGCAGAGGUAGUGAGAGCACUAGGACAAGCCGACGGUGAGCCUGGUUCCGGCCUGUCAUUUACGACGUGGCGAGGCUUCAGGAAUGCCAAGCGUGCCGCGGAAGGCCCGUUUCGGUUUGUCGACGGCGAGUUGAUCGAACGGUUCUUGGAUUUGGACGAGGCAAAGCAAGAGGCGGUGGUUCAAGGUCUGGGACCGACGGUGGAGAGCAUGCGCAACCUGGUUGAGGAGUUGAAGCGCAUGCAUUAG